AUGUUUGUCACUAUUGGAGAUAUCUUUGGUCCUCUGCUCCAUACCCCAGCCUGGAUGUACAUCGGUAUCGUUAUGGACAUUGUGGGUGCUGUUGGCGCAAAUGGAGUCGGCAAUGGCGCCGGCCGUUUCUCGCUUUUUUCAUGGCGGACGGUAUUCCCAGUGGUGUAA